UGUGGAAAAAGUGAAAUGCAGAUACGGCCACGUCUAAAUAAUAUUAUCUCGGCUGCUUCUUGUUAUGGUAAAGGCAUGGCCAUGUCUUAUUUGUAUGAAUAGUAGAAAAACCAGUGCGACCGUGCAAGGCUGACACAAAAGAAUAUGCUAACAUUAUUAUCAGUCAGAGCUGGUGGUGCUCCUCUACCAACACGUGUCCUAACUGGACCAAAUGUAAAAUGGUCGAAUUCGAGGAGUUUAAGGAUAUGGUCUGGUGAAUUCCCUGAUUUUAUUCCUAAACAAGUUGAGAAGAUUAAAGAUUCUUAUGCUAGAAAGUUAGCUUCAAGAAUUGAAAGACUACCUGUAAAUUUAUCAAACCGUUGUGUCAUGAGUAGUUGUGUGAAGCCAAAAGAACAGACGGAGGCCAAUCCAGUUGUGCUUCUCCAUGGUUUUGAUAGCUCAUGUUUAGAGUGGAGGUACACAUUUCCGAUGCUUGAGGAGGCUGGAUUGGAGACAUGGGCAGUUGAUAUCUUAGGAUGGGGUUUCUCUGAUUUAGAAAGGCUUCCAUCGUGCGAUGUAGCUUCCAAGCGUGAUCAUCUUUACCAGCUGUGGUCUACCUACAUCAAGAGGCCAAUGGUACUUGUCGGACCUAGUCUUGGAUCUGCUAUUGCUAUUGACUUUUCUGUCAAAUAUCCAGAAGCCGUGAAUAGGCUGGUUUUAAUUGAUGCAAGUGUUUACGCGGAAGGUACAGGAAACCUUGCGACCUUACCCAAAGCAGUAGCUUAUGCUGGGGUCUACUUGUUGAAAAGUCUCCCACUUCGCUUAUAUGCAACAUCAUUAGCUUUCAACGGCUUACCAUUAAGUACCUGCAUAGACUGGACUAAUAUUGGCCGCUUACAUUGUUUAUUACCUUGGUGGGAGGAUGCAACAGUGAAUUUCAUGAUCAGUGGAGGUUAUAAUGUUGUUGCUCAGAUAGAAAAUGUCAAGCAGAAAACACUAAUAAUAUGGGGUGAAGAAGAUCAGAUUAUUGACUACAAGCUCGGAAUGGUAUGUUUCUUUUGUAACAAUAGAAUCAUGUUGACUCUUAGCAGCCAAAUACGGGGCAAAUACCAAACUGUGGCCAUAUCCCUCAUGUGGAGAAGCCUGAUGCUGUCUCCAGGUUGAUAGCGGAAUUUGUUCGCAGUGAUCAAUCACAAAGUGCAAAUUUCGACUCUGUCUCCACCAUCUCAGUUCCUGUUUGAUUAUUGGUACUUGUACAAGCAGAUAGUUAGCAUAUCUCACAUAUGUGAAGAUCCGACUUCCUGAUUCUACUUAGUGAUGGAUGAGGUUAGUUGCCAGCUUCAAUGGUGAAUAUGCUUUCAUUCUUUGCGCACCGUCAACCUGAUUGCCUACAUAUCGAUUAUCAAAGGUGCGCUAUGGUGCUUUGGCAUCCAGUAGAGAAGUGUAAUAAACUGAAUGCUUGUAUUAGCUAAAUGCUUUAGCAUUCUGGUAUAUUUUUCUUCCAGCACAUGCUAAUCUUAUUUUAUGUCAAUUACCAGUUACUUUGAACUUAGGUGAUUUGCUGUUAACAUAUCCUUGUUGUGCAACAAAAGUGCAACAUUUCACGUACUGCACUUUCAAACUUCACAAAGUCCAAAGAUUGAUACUGUUUUUCAUUA